AUGUCUGCCAAUCCACGACAGGAACGAGCUACAAUCAACACAAGCUCGGCACAAUCCCCAAGCGUGUAUCAGCCUGUCUUUGGCGUGAGCGAUGCCAAAAGCACUGUUCCGCGCUGGCUGCCGGUCUCUCUCAGAGCUACUGCCGCUGCCGGACGUUCGCUUUCGACUGCCGCGCCGCCUCCUCGGAAGGCAGCUAUCAGCGUUCCCCCGCCACCUCGUAGGACGGCUUCUGGUGCUCCUCCGCCACCUCGCAAGGCUUCCUCGAGCGCAAUUCCCCCACCACGAAUAGCUACACCCACGCCGCCCACCGCAAGCUCGCCCACCCUGUCUACCGCCGGACAUGAGGUUCGGGCCGCGGAGGACAACUUCAACGGCGCGCUGUAUUGCGCGAAGGCCUUUGGGAUAGCCACGGUGCUUGUGAGCGUUGGCGCUGGUGCUACAGUCUGGGGCGUGAAAAGUGCCCUCGGCGUGCGGAAUACGCAAGAAUUUGCGGACCGCAUGCGUUCGUUCGUCCUGGCCAGGAUGCCCAUGCUGUCGUCGCGGAUACAUCGCGCACUCCAGGCUGAAGAUCAUUCGGAAGAGUUCGUUAAUUCGAGCGCAGCAACAACUCAUCUACAUGGAGCACCAGGCAGUAGUAAUACACUGCAAUGGUCUUGGCCUGAAGCGGAGGAACGCCUCCGAGUUGCAUAUGAUUCAGGCGGCGUGUAUACUUGGGCAGAGGCGGUUCUGCAUGAGCUGGAGACUGAGGGACAGGUCGAGAGGGUGAAACGAGGCCAUGCGUAA